AUGCAGAAGAUACAAUGUACUGGACUCGCUGGAGAAGUCGGCCAAGUAUACUCGGAGCAGAUGUUGUCGGCGCUACGUGGUCGCGGGCUGGAGAUCUACUGGCGCGACAACAACUACUGGCCCUCUGAGGAGGAGUACAAUCAAAUGGUUGAAGACAAUCUUUUGCGACGACCAGUGAAGGACGUAGAAGCUAAACAGUACUUUCUGUCAGAGUUGGAGCGACUGGGCAGUUUCGAGUAUACCCGAGACGUGCUGCUAAACAUAGACUUGCAGGCUCGAGGCGAGGUCGAUCGUCUCGGUGGUAAUCCGGAAAUGGAAUAUGUGUUGGACGAGCUUCUUGCUUGGAGGACUUUGGACCGAAGGAGUAAAUAUGAGAUGAAUAUACGCGAGCGGUUUGAUAUAAAUAAAAUUUAA